UUCUGAUCUUCUGGCGUGUUGUGUAGUGCAACAUGUUGAGUCUACAACUGCUGGCAGCGCUGCUGCUGCUGCUGCUUGGCUUGAGCUCGCUGCAGGCGCAGCCCUAUCCCAAUUAUCACGCCUACUUUACAGCAGCGCCCAAGAGUGAGCUCAAGUGGUGGCAAACUGGCGCAUUCUAUCAAAUCUAUCCAAGGUCAUUUAAAGACAGCAACGGCGACGGCGUGGGUGAUCUAAAUGGCAUUGCUGCUAGUUUGCCGUAUCUGAAGGAGCUGGGCGUGACGGCCACAUGGUUGUCGCCAAUCUUUACAUCACCCAUGGCUGACUUUGGCUAUGAUAUUGCCAACUUUACUGAAAUUGCGCCCAUAUUUGGCAGCAUGGCGGACUUUGAGCAGCUGAUGAGCGUGGCCAAGCAGCUGGAUAUCAAAAUCAUAUUGGACUUUGUGCCGAAUCACUCGAGUGACGAGUGCGAUUGGUUCAAGCGCUCGGCUGCAGGCGAGCCAGAGUACAAGGACUUUUAUGUUUGGCAUCCUGGGCGCAUGGUGAAUGGCAAACGCAUGCCGCCCAGCAACUGGGUGAGCGUGUUUCGUGGCUCUGCCUGGGCAUGGCAUGAGGGUCGCCAGGAGUACUAUCUGCAUCAAUUUGUGAAGAAGCAGCCGGAUCUGAACUAUCGCAAUCCCAAAGUGCGCGAGGCCAUGAAUAAUGUGCUGCGCUUUUGGCUGGCCAAGGGCGUCUUUGGUUUCCGCAUUGAUGCAGUGCCGCAUGUGUUUGAGCUGGCGCCGGAUGCGCAGCUGCAGUAUCGCGACGAACCGCGCAACGAGUGGGUCAACGAUCCCGAUGACUACGGCUAUCUGCAGCAUAUAUAUACAGUCGAUCAGCCCGAGACAAUUAAUCUGGUGUACGAGUGGCGCGCGGUGCUGGAUGAGUUUAGCCAGCAGCAGGGCGGCGAGGAGCGUAUCUUGCUGGCCGAGACCUAUUCACCCAUCGAUAUUGUUAUGCAGUAUUAUGGCAAUGCCACAGCCGAGGGCGCUCAGCUGCCGUUCAACUUUCUGCUGAUAAGCGAUAUCAAUAACAGCUCCAAUGCCGAGGCCUAUGCGCAAACGGUGCUCAAGUGGCUGCAGCAUAUGCCCAAGAAUCGCACAGCCAACUGGGUGCUGGGCAAUCAUGAUCAGCCACGUGUGGCUUCGCGUCUGGGCACAGAUCGGGUGAACAUGCUGCAUAUGCUCACGGCUACUUUGCCUGGCGCCAUGGUUAGCUAUCAGGGCGAAGAGCUGGGCAUGACCAACGUUUGGAUUAGCUGGCAGGACACUGUAGAUCCCUCAGCCUGCAACAGCAAUUCGAGCAUCUAUGAGCGCUUCACACGCGAUCCCGAGCGCACGCCUUUCCAGUGGAGCGCCAGCACCGAUGCUGGUUUCAGCAAUGCCAGCAAAACUUGGCUGCCCAUUGCUCCCAACUACAGACAGUUGAAUGUGGAGCAGCAGCGUGGCCAGCCGCUCAGUCAUUUGAACAUCUACAAGCAGCUGCUGCAGCUUCGAAAGGAACGAACAUUGCAACUUGGCGAGACUGAGGUCAAAGCCUUAAAUGGCGCUGUCUUGGCUGUCAAGCGCUCUCAUCCACAGGAUCUUACCUACUUGACGCUGCUCAACAUCUUCGAUGGCACUGAGACUGUAAAUCUCAAGGAGCAUUUCAAGCAGCUGGCGGAUCAAAUGCAAGUUGUUGUGGUUACAGAAAAGUCCAAGCUCAAAGUGGGUGAUCUCAUCAACACAACUGCGCUGCAGCUGCUGCCCAAGGAGUCGCUAAUAGUGAGAACCGCUUCCACCUAUUAUACUUACUAUACGAAUGGAGAGCAGCGUCUAUUGCCAGUGCUGUUGAAUUAUCUGCUGCUGGCUCAAGUGGCGCUUUAUCUAAGCCAUCGAAUAUAUUUUGUUUAGUUGCGAUUAUUUUGAGUCGAAUUGGUAAAUAAAGCGUCUGUAUAAAAGGCAGCCAACAAUAUUGAAUGUUA